UAAAACAUUGACGAAAAGAUAACGCGUUAUCUAAAAAAUGGGCCUUUUGACGUUUAUCUGAUAUACAAAUAAUACUCCGAUUUGCUCUUGCUCUUACAUAUCUUGUGAAACAUCUUUCUUUUUUAUCAUCAUAUCGAGAUCAUAUCUGUAAUUCUCUAAAAUUGCUCAACUAGUGUAAAUUCAUAAACUAAGAUGCUGGUAACAAGACUGAACAAUUUGCGGCGGUUAUGUAAAGUGCCGUGGCGCGGGCUGGCGACGGCCCCAGAAGGGCCGGUGGUAUUCGAGAAGCUGGCAGGCGAGGAUAAGGGCAUAGCGGUGUAUGGGCUGAACGCCGGCUCCACGCGCAACGCGCUUAGCAACGACAUGGUCGACGCUAUGCGCGAGGUCAACCAGCUGUUACGGGAGGAUACUAAGAUUUCUGUUGUCGUACUGCACAGCUUGGUGCCUGGGAUAUUCUGCGCUGGUGCAAACUUAAAAGAAAGGUUUAAAAUGUCUGAAGAAGAGGUGGCCAGAUUUGUUCGAAGAUUAAGAGAGACAUUAAUUGAAAUUGAGGACCUUCCGAUGCCAACGAUAGCGGCCAUUGAAGGAGUGGCUGUCGGAGGAGGGUUGGAGUUAGCGCUAGCUUGUGACAUCCGUGUGGCUGCGGAGACGGCAAAGUUGGGGCUGGUGGAGACAGGCCGGGGACUGAUUCCUGGGGCUGGAGGCACGCAGAGACUGCCCAGGGUCAUCCAUCCUAAUAUAGCUAAGGAGCUUAUCUAUACUUCCAGAAUAAUCAGUGGUGCUGAAGCCAAAGCUUUGGGCAUUGCAAACCAUGUUGUGCCACAGAACAGCAAUAAGAAUGCAGCUUACGAGAAAUCCUUAGAGCUGGCCCGUGAGAUAAUCCCCAACGCUCCGAUAGCCCUCCGCUUCGCCAAGCAAGCCAUCAACGAGGGUGUGCAGGGCAGCAUCAAAGACGGCUAUGAGGUGGAACAGAAGUGCUACGAGCAGAACAUUCCUAUGAAGGAUCGGAUUGAGGGCAUGGUGUCGUUCAUUGAGAAGAGAAAACCUGUGUACAGGGGACACUAAAAUCUAUAUGGUGUACGAGUGGGACAUGUAAGCGUGUAUACUGUAUAGUACUGUACUGCUCACAGACCAAUCCACACCAGUGUCAUAACCGAAUAACUAGAUUGCUACUAUUAUAUUUGGUACCAUAUAAAUGCUACAUGGUACAGUCCACAAUAUAUUAAGACCUUGUACUGUAUAGAUAUUUGAGUCUACUGUUUCAUAGACAUAAACUGUAUAGUCAUUCACAAGUAAUAACCUAAUGACUAUGAGCUUUUUUUUAAAACAUUAUUUUAAUUCAAUCUAUACCAUAGUAAGUCAUGAUUAAGUGUUUGAGAUGAUACUAGGUAUCAAUGUACAUGUAGAAAUUGUAGAAUCAAUAACAGCUGUAUACUUAGCUGACUUUUAGUUCAUUGUAUUAGACUGUGUUCAAAAAUUGUUACUCGUAAUAAUGGACCAUGAACUCGAGGGAUCAACCAAAAAAUCAAGAUAUUAAAUAUCAAAUAUAAUACAUGUGCUUUAGAAGCAUAAGUAUUUGUAUGGUGUAGUUAUUAGGAAUGAUUCCACUAUUUUUAAGAAGAAUAUUAAUUUUGUUAAGUACAAUGUUAUUUAGAUUGAAUGUUAUGUUAUCUGGUUAUGUAAUUUGUGCAAUGUUAUAUAUAUUGAAUUUUUAUUCCAUGUAUUUUGUAAGCAAUUUACACUGUUAUUGCAUUU